GCGGGGCCGGCGGAGAGUCGCGCCGCUGCGGUCCCCACAACGUCACUUUAAAAAAAAAAAAAAUCGAAUCCACGUCUUUGAUUCGACCACGUCCGCGUCGGUUUUGUUGGGUUCGCUUCUGCACGCGGUGGGACUAUUUCUGCGGGCGGGUGGUCACACACACACACACACGCCGGGUUCAACACGAUGGCGAGGCGUAAGAGGCGCAACGCGCGCAAGUGUUGCGCUUAAAAAAAAGAAAAAAAAAGAAACAACCUCAUCUAGCGCGGAACGACAUGGAAAGCAGCGCCGCCGCCGAGAACCCCUCCAGGGCCGUGGAGUACUUGAAGGAGCUCAACAGGAUCAUCGAGACCCAGCAGGAGCUGCUGGAGAGGCAGCGGGGACGGAUCGAGGAGCUGGAGCAGCAGGUGAUCGAUCUGUGCGCGGAGAACGCCCGCCUGAAGGAGCGGUACCAGCGGCACCUGGCGACCUGCGGGCUGCUGCAGGGCACCAGCAGCCUCGUAAAGGCGCACGUCGCCCGGGACAAGAGACAUGUCCCCCUGCCUGUCCAGGCCACACAGGCGCCGGUGGCGGCGGGCUGCAGGAGAGCCGAACCCCGACGCCAGUGGAAGUCGGCUUCCUUUGGUGUGGAAGGGGAUGGACGGCCCAACGAGAGCGGCCCUUCCCUGGAUGGCGGUGCCAGCUUCGGCCAGGGCCCGGUGACUCACGGCUCGGCCAUCAGCCCCGACCGAUUUGACGGCCCGCUCUACAGCCACGGGGUCCAGCCCGGGCCUCAGAGGCCCCGUCGACCCAAGCUCCAGCACUCGCAGUCCAUCCUCCGGAAGCAGGCCGAGGAGGAGGCCAUCAAGCGCUCGCGCUCGCUCUCUGAGAGCUACGAGCUCUCCGCCGACCUCCAGGACAAACAGGUGGAGAUGCUGGAGCGUAAAUAUGGCGGACGAUUCAUAACCCGGCAUGCGGCUCGCACCAUCCAGACGGCCUUCCGCCAGUAUCAGAUGAACAAGAACUUUGAACGUCUCAGAAGCUCCAUGUCUGAGAACCGCAUGUCCAGACGCAUCGUCCUCUCCAACAUGAGGAUGCAGCUCUCGUUUGAGGGCCCCGAGAAAGUGCACAGCUCCUACUUCGAAGGGAGGCAGGUGUCGAUGACUGAGGACGGCGCCCCGCUGUCCAUGAUGCAGUCUGAACGUGGAGAUAUAGAGGUGCACCAACAGGCCAACAUGGCGUCUCACCCAGCGCCACAAGGCGACCUGACGGACGCCAUCACGGAGCUGGAGGACGCCUUUUCCAGGCAGGUUAAAUCUCUGGCCGAGUCGAUAGAUGAUGCACUGAACUGUCGCAGCCUUCAAGGGGACGAGGGUCCGGACCAAUCGGAGGCAAUGGGCUGCCCCAAGGGGGAAAGGGAGGUGUCCUAUCAGGCAAAGUCCCACCGCAGGGCAGCUGGACGAAUGCACGAUGAGGCGUUGGCGUCCUAUAGCGAUGUUACCCUAUUCAUCGACGAGGAGGACGUGUCCCCCUCUAACGCUCUGUCCAGGUCAGGGGAACAGCCCUCCAGCACAGAAUCGGACUUGCGGUUGCGCUCGGUCAACUCCUCACAGGAUUACUGGCCGAUGGACCCCAAAGACGAGGGUCGCGAUACAGACACGAGCUGCCGCAGCACUCCUUCCCUGGAGUGCCAGGAGCAGCGUCUCAGAAUGGACCAUCUCCCUUUGUUGACCAUCGAACCCCCCAGCGACAGCUCGGCGGAGCACAGCGACCGGUCCGACCGCGGCUCCGUCAAGCGGCCGCCGGCGUACGAACCGCACGGCCACGUGGUGAGGUCGUCCCAGGCCAGCCCCAAACACAUUUCCCACGGGCCCCCGACGCGAGGUUCCUCGCGCGACGACGACGCGCCCCUGCGCCACCGCCACCGCCAGCUGGAGGGCCACCUGGCCAUCAACGGCUCGGCCAACAGGCAGAGCAAGUCCGAGUCCGACUUCUCCGACGGGGACAACGACAGCAUCAACAGCACGUCCAACUCCAACGACACCAUCAACUGCAGCUCCGAGUCCUCGUCGAGGGACAGCCUGCGGGAGCAGACGCUCAGCAAGCAGACGUACCACAAGGAGACUCGCAACAGCUGGGACUCGCCCAUCUUCAGCAACGAUGUCAUUCGCAAGAGACACUACCGCAUCGGCCUCAAUCUCUUCAACAAGAAGCCAGAGAAGGGCAUCCAGUACCUGACUGAAAGGGGAUUCAUCCCCGACACACCGGUCGGCGUGGCUCACUUCCUGCUUCAGAGGAAGGGACUGAGCAGGCAGAUGAUCGGAGAAUUUCUGGGCAAUCGGCAGAAGCAGUUCAACAGAGACGUCCUCGACUGUGUGGUGGAUGAAAUGGACUUCCAGAGCAUGGAGCUGGACGAGGCUCUCAGGAAAUUUCAGAACCACAUCCGUGUUCAGGGCGAAGCCCAGAAGGUGGAGCGGCUCAUCGAGGCUUUCAGCCAGCGCUACUGCAUCUGCAACCCCACAGUGGUGCGGCAGUUCAGGAACCCCGACACCAUCUUCAUCCUGGCGUUCGCCAUCAUCCUCCUCAACACAGACAUGUACAGCCCCAACGUCAAGCCCGAGAGGAAGAUGAAGAUGGAGGACUUCAUCAAGAAUUUAAGAGGCGUGGAUGACGGGGAGGACAUCCCUCGGGAGACGCUGGUCGGCAUCUACGAGAGGAUCCGUAAGCGAGAGCUCAAGACCAAUGAAGACCACGUCUCGCAGGUGCAGAAGGUUGAAAAGCUCAUUGUGGGGAAGAAACCAAUCGGAUCGCUCCACCACGGCCUGGGAUGUGUGCUGUCGCUGCCCCAUCGCCGGCUGGUGUGUUACUGCCGUCUGUUUGAAGUGCCGGACCCCAACAAGCUCCAGAAGCUGGGCCUGCAUCAGCGGGAGAUCUUCCUGUUCAACGACCUCCUCGUGGUGACCAAGAUCUUCCAGAAAAAGAAGAACUCUGUGACGUACAGCUUCAGACAGUCCUUCUCUCUGUAUGGGAUGCAAGUCAUAAUGUUUGAAAAUCAAUAUUACCCGAAUGGAAUCAGACUUACAUCGGCCAUACCAGGUGCGGACAUCAAAGUCCUCAUCAACUUUAACGCGCCCAACCCCCAGGACCGCAAGAAGUUCACAGACGACCUGCGAGAGUCCAUCGCCGAGGUCCAGGAAAUGGAGAAAUACAGAAUAGAGUCCGAGCUGGAGAAGCAGAAGGGGAUGGUGAGGCCCAGCAUGUCGCAGAGCUCCGGUCUGAAGAAGGAGGCCGGCAACGGCAACAUGAACCGCGCCAGCCUGGACGACACGUACGCCAUGGGCGAGGGCCUGAAGCGCAGCGCCCUCAGCAGCUCCCUGCGAGACCUCUCCGAAGCAGGGGUCCAUCAUUAGCAGUCCACACACACGCCGGAGAGACGCCGCGCCACGCGACGCCGGCCCACGCGACGCCGCGCCCCACCGCGGCCAUCCCGCCGUCCCCAACUCGGCCCCCACCUCCAUCCUCGGGUCGCUCUUCGGCAGCAAGCGAGGCAAGCCGUCAUCCCAGGGCCACUCCCCUUUCCCCGCCCCCGCCCAGC